AUGACUUCUUUAUAAGAGGUUAAUGAGAAUCUCAGAUAGCAAAUCAUUGAGUUGACUUUUAAAUUGGAAUUAAAGGACAAAGAAAUAGAAUAAAUGAAAUCUCCUCCGAAGUCUUCAAAUCAAUUUGAAACCCAAACUUUAGAAUUAUAGUUAAUAUAAUAUAAGCAUUUGCAAACUAAAUUAGAAAAUGAAAAUGAAUAAUUAAGAAGCAAAUUAAAUCAAAUGGUAAAUUCUCAAGUGGAAGCAUAAAAGGCACUGUUAAAAUAAAAAUAACAAAUGCAGAAUGUAAAUAAAAAUUUAUUUUCUCUUUCUUCAUAAAUUCAAGAAGAGGAUAGUCCAAUUAAGCUAAUUAUUGAUAAAUUAAUAGAUAAAGAAAAAGAUCAACUCAUUACAUAAAGUUUAGAUGUAGAAAGUUAACUAAAAAUGAAUGAAAUAAAACGAAUUAAUAACUAACUUUCUAGCAGAAUUCAACAACUAGAAGAAAAGUCAUAAAAUAUGAUUGCUAGAUAAUUUUAAGAUGCUGCUACUAUUCUAAAACUUAAAAAAGAAAAAUAAGGGUUGAUAGAUUAAUUGUAGCGAUAAGGGUAAGAAUUAGAACAAGAAUUACAGAAAUCGAGGGUUUAAACAAUUCCUGAUAUUGCAAUUUCUUUCUCAGAUUUGUAUUUCGAAAUUCCAUAUAUAGAAUAAAUCAAAGAAAAAUUUGAGUUAUUAAUAUAACAAAUUUUACAACAACUUUUAUCACAAAACUCAAAUUGUGAGUUAGGUGAAUCUUUAGUAAAAACACAUAGAAGUAGCUCUUCUAGAAGAUUAGACUAAGUUUAAAAUUAGUUUAGUGAUAUCUUAAAAUAUAUAAAUAGAGGCUCAUAAAAAAAUAGGGAGUUUACUUUAGAAAAUUAGAUUUUUGAAUCUUUCAUUUAUGAAAAACCUACAACUAAUGAUAAAUCAUCUUAAACUUCAAAUAUUGAAAAUGAUGUAAAUGCUGAAAAUCUUUUGAAUAUAGAGUCAAAACUAUAAGACAAUGUAGUACAAAGCCCACGAUUUUAAGGUGAAUGUAAAGGAAUUGAUGCUGAAUAAUAAACAGAAGAUAUAGAUUUAAAUUAAUUCCUUCUUAAUUCUAUGACACCAUUAAUGUUUUCAGCUAUACCUUAACUUCACACUGAAAGUGAUUUAAUUGAUGAAUAAUAACAAGGAUAAGAUAAAAGCGCUGUCUGCUUGAGGAAUGGAAUAAAAAAUGAUUCAGGAUUUGACGAAGGAUAAUUAAUAGGCAUAGUAGAAUAAUUGACGCUCUAAUUAAAAUACACUAAAAAAUAGUGGUAUAAUUCAGUCGAUAAAUGUUUAAGAGCCUAAGAAGAAUUAGAAAGACUAUCAGAAAUAGAAGCCUAAUAUAAUCACUUAAGUUAGCAGUAUUUAAAUUCCAAGAAUGAAUUAGCGAAAUAAAAAAAUAAGUAUAAGUUGCUGUUAGACAAAUAUUUUGAUCUUGAACUAAAGUAUAUGUAGCAAUGA